GCCAAUCGAACGCUACCGCAGCCCAGCCAAGACGCAUGCCAUAUAUCGCUUGAAACAGCCGGCCGAUGACAGAAUCACCCACCAUUUGGGAUCUUUGAUUUAGCCCCCUCGAGAAAUGAUUAUCGCACAUGACAACCACGCGCCCAAAUGGAAUGCACCAUACCGAGCUGCUUGGGCAGCGUUGCGCUCGAGUUUUCCCUCUGAAUCUGAUACCAGCGCGCCUCAGUAGAUCUUUCGCAGAAUUCUACCAUCAUGGGCCAGCAAAUUGCUCACAUAACUAUUUCGAUAGUGUCGACUCGAAUUUUUUGUCAUCAGCAGUUAUGAAACGCCGUAGCAAUUGCGUACAAGUGAAGCCCUGUCGGGAUUCUCAUUGGGCGAUGAUUCACGAAUAGAAAAUCGAAAAAUAAUUGGAGCUUUUAUGAAAAAUUAAUGUGCCAACUGGAUUUCUCCCGCAUUUCACUGCAAUCAGCAAGAUUUGACGCACGUCGAGUUUUCCGCGCUUUUCCACGCUUAUAGCCACUGUACUAGCUGAUAGGAAAGAUUGAAAAAAAAACUUGCAACUUAUGGUCAUCCCUGCCGGCCCAGUUUGGAACAACGCUUGGCGCUGGGACUAAUUUGGACCAAAACUAUUACAUGAUUCAUCUCAAGCUGGCAAUGGAUCCAACUCGGACGGGUCGACUUUGGUGGUGCUCCAGUAAUCUCAUUUCUUGGUAUAUAUAGAAGGAGUAGUUUAUCAAAUAAUCAUCAGUCAGUGGUACUUCGAAGGUGUCGCCUGGUGAGGCAGUUUUAUUCCGAUUAGUGAUGAAGUUGCAAAUUUUUCUUAGUGCGUGCUUGGCGGUGGUGUUGGUGUCCGCAGAUCCCGAGCCCUCGGCAACUCCUGCCAAACCACAGAAACGGGCCAUUCUAGGAGGCUACGGUUACGGAUUAGGAGGAUAUGGUUUGGGUGGGAUAGGGCUUAGUGGGUACGGUUUAGGAGGAUAUGGGCUGGGUGGAGUGAUAGGCGCUCCUGCCAUAGGACCGGCCAUUGCCGCUGCACCUGCAUUAGCAGCCCCUGCCUUACCUGCCUUACCGGCCUUUGCUGCACCAGCCAUCAAUCUGCAACCAACCAUUACCAGAAACAUCCACACACAUUCAACGGUGAAUCAACCAGUCCCGGUUCCAGUGCCAACUCCGGUGGCCGUUCCCGUGACUCGACAUGUAGCAGUGCCAGUACAGGUUCCAUAUCCGGUGCAAGUUGAUAGGCCCGUACCACAUCCGGUUGCAGUGCCAGUACCAGUGCCUAGACCAUAUCCAGUCCAUGUGCCGGUGGAUAGACCAGUGGCCGUUCCAGUGCCACAGCCAUACCCAGUUACAGUUACCAGAACCGUACCGGUGUCAGUACCACAGCCCGUUCCAGUUCCCCAACCAUACCCAGUGCCACAGCCUGUUCCAGUGCCACAGCCAAUCCCUGUGCCUCAACCGAUUGCUAUACCCUUACCAGCCCCCGCACCACAACCAAUUGCAUAUGCACCGGCACCCGUCCUACCCGCCUAUGGUCCAUCGAUAGCGGCUGGACCCUCGAUUGGGCCCAUCAUCGGCGGUGGAGGUCUCAUCGGCGGCGGCAUCAUCUCGGGUGGCGAACUCAGCCCCGGUGGUCCCAUCCUUAGCGGGGGUCCGAUCCUCAGCGGGGGUCCAGUUCUUAGCAGCGGUUCCAUCCUCGGCCACAGCUAUCACGGGCUCGGACACCUUGGAUUAGGGCUGAAGAAAUACAUAGGCUAGAACGCUGCCACGACCACCACCGGCCAGCACGCACCAGAGCAACGUUUUACAUUACAAAAUAGUCACUUAAUUGUAGGAGAUUUUUUUUAGUUUUACAUAGGACAAAUAGUCAAAGGUAGGAGGUCUUCCACUGAUUACGCUGAAGUUCAUUGGGGGGAGAACAAAGUCUGACAUUUUCUCACUUUCAAAUCGAAAUUAUAUGAAUGUGACCACAGAAAGGGGGUGAGCUGGGCAAUGCUUUGCGUAAUUUGUGGAUGGCCUCCAAAUUGUGACUUCGAUCCAACCCGAUCCAAAACUAGGUCUAAUGCGUUUUGUUUAUGAACAGACAUUUACCCUUUUAAGAUGCAAUUUUCAUUAAUGCGUGAGUGAGAACGAACUGAGCAAUCGAAUCGAACAUGGAACGACAAGUCUAGCAC